CAAUGAAUCCAAAGAGUACAAAAAGAUUGCAAAGUCCUGCAAGCAAUCCAAAGGUCCCAGAGGUUGUAGUUACUGUUGGAGAAGGUCCCAAUAAACCACAAACAACAGCUGUUCAAACUAAUUCUCAAACCAAUGGAUCCAAUAUGUGUUUCAAGCCACGAGGAAGAGAAUUUUCCUUUGAGGCUUGGAAUGCCAAAAUCACCGACCUAAAGCAGAAAGUUGAAAAUCUUUUUAGUGAAAAAUGUGGGGAAGCACUGGGGCUGACUGAACCAGUGAAGGUCCCUUUUGCAUUAUUUGAAUCCUACCCAGAAGAUUUCUUUGUGGAGGGCCUACCAGAGGGAGUGCCGUUCCGUCGACCUUCUACCUUUGGAAUUCCACGACUAGAGAAGAUCCUGAGAAACAAAUCUAAGAUUAAAUUCAUUAUUAAAAAGCCCGAGGUGUUUGAGGCAACACUUAAGGAAAAUUCUGCUAGAAGCCCCCAAA